UCGCCGGCCCUGCCGGGGGGCUGCGCCUGCGCGUUCGCUGGAGGGGCUGCUGCUGCUCCGUGCCCGGCGCUCGGACCCGGCUGGCGGGCGGCGGGUGAGGGGCCGGUGGCGGGGCAGAGCGAUGAGCUCCCGGAAAGUGCUGGCCCUGCAGGCCCGGAGGCGGCGGCCCAAGCAGCCCGCGGCGGCCGGCAGGAGGGACAAGCACAAAAACUCAUCAGUCUUAAUGUUGAACUGUUUACAGUCCUUGACCACGGUAUCCAAAAUGGCCUCAUGUCCAGAAGAUGAAGUUUCAAGGCCAGAGCCUCAACAGAAAGCUCCAUCUGCACCACCACCUCCACCUCCGCCCCCACCUCCGCCCCUGCCAGAGCCAGCACCACCAGAACCAGAGGAGGAGAUUCUGGGAUCUGAUGAUGAGGAGCAAGAAGACCCUGCAGAUUAUUGCAAAGGUUUGUGUAAUGUCCUUCAGGGUUUAGAUUAUCUACAUAGCAAAUGCAAGAUCAUCCAUACAGAUAUAAAACCAGAAAAUAUCUUGAUGUGCGUGGAUGAUGCCUAUGUGCGUAGAAUGGCUGCUGAAGCCACAGAGUGGCAGAAAGCUGGUGCUCCUCCUCCUUCUGGCUCAGCAGUGAGUACUGCUCCACAACAAAAGCCUGUUGGGAAAAUAUCUAAAAACAAAAAGAAAAAACUGAAAAAAAAACAGAAGAGGCAAGCUGAACUACUAGAGAAACGCCUGCAGGAAAUAGAAGAACUGGAGCGAGAAGCUGAAAGGAAAAAAAUAGAAGAAAAUGUAACCUCAGCUGUACCAUCAAAUGAGCAAGAAGAUGAGUAUCAUCCAGAGGUCAAGCUAAAAACAGCUGAUUUAGAAGAGGUAGCAGAUGAAGAGCCUGGGAAUGAUGAUGGUGAAGCAGAAGAUCAGGAGGAAAAAGAAGACACAGAAAAAGAAAACACUGAGAAAGAUGAUGAUGUUGAACAGGAACUUGUCAACACAGACCCUACGUGGAUAGAAUCCCCCAAAACAAAUGGCCAUAUUGUAAAUGGCCCAUUCUUACUGGAACAACAGAUUGAAGAUGAAGAUGAGGAUGAGGAAGACUGCCCAAACCCUGAGGAGUAUAACUUCAAUGAGCCAAAUGCAAAAAGUGAUUAUUCUUAUAGUAGCUCCUAUGAACAAUUUAAUGGUGAAUUGCCAAAUGGACCUCAUAAAAUUCCUGAGUCACAGUUCUCUGAAUUUUCAGCUUCAAUGUUCUCUGGAGCUUUAGAAUCUGUAGCUUGUAGUUCAGCUGUUUCUGAGGGAUCAUCUGUAACUGAAAGAGACGAGAGCAGCCCAUCUCAGGAUAGGAGCAGAACAGUUUCAGCGUCUAGUACUGGAGAUUUGCCAAAAACAAAAACCCGUGCUGCGGACUUAUUGGUGAAUCCCCUGGAUCCAAGAAAUGCAGAUAAAAUUAGAGUUAAAAUUGCUGAUCUGGGAAAUGCUUGCUGGGUGCAUAAACACUUCACUGAAGACAUCCAGACAAGACAGUAUAGAUCCAUAGAGGUUUUAAUAGGAGCAGGUUACAGUACACCUGCUGAUAUCUGGAGUACAGCCUGUAUGGCAUUUGAGCUUGCAACUGGAGAUUAUUUGUUUGAACCACAUUCUGGUGAAGACUAUUCCAGGGAUGAGGACCACAUAGCACACAUCAUAGAGCUGCUAGGCAAUAUCCCAAGGCACUUUGCUCUAUCUGGAAAAUAUUCUCGGGAAUUCUUCAAUCGCAGAGAUCACAUAGCAUUGAUCAUUGAACUGCUGGGAAAAAUCCCUCGAAAAUACGCUAUGUUGGGGAAAUAUUCCAAGGAGUUUUUCACCAAAAAAGGAGAACUCCGGCACAUUACCAAGCUAAAACCUUGGAGCCUCUUCGAUGUGCUUGUGGAAAAAUAUGGUUGGCCUCAUGAAGAUGCUGCACAGUUCACAGAUUUCCUGAUCCCCAUGCUAGAAAUGGUUCCAGAAAAACGAGCUUCAGCUGGAGAAUGCCUUAGGCAUCCAUGGUUGAAUUCUUAGCAGAAUCUUCAAACGUAACAUUGAACCAGCAACCACUUCCAGUGCAUCGGACCUAAAUGGUGACUGUCACAAAUUCUUUAACAGGAUCACAAGUGAGCUGGCUUCAUCCUCAGACCUUUAUUUUGCUUUGAGGUACUGUUUGACAUUUUGCUUUUUGUGCACUGUAUUCUUGGGGAAGGGUAGUCUUGUCUUCAGCUGGUAGUUUACUGACCCACUCUCUUCAGAAAACACUUAACGUGUCUUUAAGCAUCAUUUCUUGUGUUGUGUGGCAUUCAAAUGUCAAACUUUUGAACAAACUAUUCCCCCUUCCCCCCCCCCCCAUCCCUCUGUGUUUUGGCAGGUUUGUAACUAUUUAUGAUGAAAUAUUUUAGCUGAGUAUUAUAUAAUUUACAAGUUUGACAUUAUCAAGUCAGAACUGAGAAAUGGCAAGGAAUUGUACUAUUUUAUUUUCUGACAAAGGGACAUCAUUCUUGUAUUAUAGUGUAUGUAAAUGCACCCUGUAAAUGUUUAUUUCCAUUUAAAUAUGGGAUGGGGACUCGGAUUUCAGAGUAAAGCUACUAAGUUUAAAGAGCUUUGUAGCAUACAAAUUGCAUGUAGCGGACUUCAAGCUGCUUUAAGGAUUUGUGUAAACUUUCCAUUUUGUAGAAGUUCCUGUACAUUAGAUUAUAAACAAAGUGGCUCUGGUUUACAAGACUUCAUUCCACAAAUGGCACUUUAAAGGAAGGCUAGACUUCUUUCUAAUGAUAAAGUAUGCAUUAUCAUUUAGCACUCCCUUUUUGAAUUUUUGCCUAUUUUAAGUGCUUUUAAGGAGAAUAUAGCAAUUUCCCUUACAAUGUGAUAGUGAAGAUAUGGUACCAUAUGGUGUUGCCUUUUUAUAAGCACUGUAAUUUGUACUAUACCCAAAAGAUUGAAAGUGAGCAUGGGAAAUAUUCUGUCUAGAAUUACUGAUAAUAUGUGCUUGGGAUACAAAAAGGAUUGACCAAAAAGCAAAUAUAAUUUAGAGGACAAAAUAAUUAAACUUUUGAAACAGCUCAUGUUCAUUCCAUUCAUAGCUUUACAUGCUCCUAAAACAAAUUGCACUAGCUUUUUUCCCCCAUGAAUUGUCAUAUAUAGCAAUUAGUUUGCCCUUUGUAAAUUGCGCGCAAAAUUGUAAAUGUUUUGAGGGGGUGAAAAAAGCUAAAUAGACUCAAAGUCAUAGGCAAUACAGAUUUUAGAAUGUAAAAUAUGGAGGUGUAUUUUGCCCUCUUUUAGAAGUCAGUGGGAUGAAUGUAAGUUUAUUUCUGGUUUUACAUAAUUAUGGUGCCACUUUUUUGACUGUCCAUUUUAAAUUUAUUCACAUGCCUUUGCAAUAACUAGAUUGUGAGAAGAUAGCUCUGUGUUGUAACAAUAACCAAUUGUUUGAGGUGCUUGCAGUUGUCUAAUUAAAGUGUUUUGUUUUUUUCA